AUGCCGUGGCUUCUCAGCAAGAAGCGACGGCAGUCGCCCUCCAGCAGCCCCAGUGGGCAGCCCUGGGCUGCCACCAGCUCCAGCAGCGCCUCCCAGCUCCGGGAGCAGGGGCUGGGCAGGCUGCACCGCGCGGCCGCCCGCGGUGACCUGGGCUGGCUGAGGCGCUGGCGCUGGUACGUGAAGGUAGUCGGCAUCGACAGGCCAGACCAGGAGAUGCGGACACCUCUGCAUCUGGCUUCAGCCAAUGGCCAUGCAGAUGUCGUCAGAUAUCUGCUAAGAAAGGACAGCCAGCCCAACCUCGCUGACAGCUUCAAGAGAACGGCCCUGAUGAAGAUGUGUGGAAUGCCUUCUGAGCUUGGAG